AUGGCAUCGAAGCGGAUCUUGAAGGAAUUGAAGGAUCUGCAGAAGGAUCCACCCACAUCAUGUAGCGCAGGACCCGUCGCGGAAGACAUGUUUCAUUGGCAGGCCACGAUAAUGGGUCCAACAGAAAGUCCUUAUUCUGGUGGAGUUUUUCUUGUAACCAUUCAUUUUCCUCCAGAUUACCCAUUUAAACCUCCUAAGGUGGCUUUUAGGACAAAGGUGUUCCAUCCAAACAUUAACAGUAAUGGGAGCAUCUGUCUCGACAUCUUGAAGGAGCAGUGGAGUCCCGCACUCACAAUUUCCAAGGUGCUGCUAUCAAUUUGUUCUUUGUUAACGGAUCCAAACCCAGAUGAUCCUUUGGUCCCCGAGAUAGCUCACAUGUACAAGACGGACAAGAACAAGUACGAGUCCACUGCUCGGACCUGGACUCAAAAGUACGCAAUGGGCUGA